AUGAAGCUCCUUGCCCUCGCCGCAAUCCUGCCGCUUGUCGUGGCCGCUCCCUCCCCUGAAGCCGACUCCGCCCGGGUGCAGCUCGUUAACGAUCACUUCUACGAAGGUCGACCCGUCGGCGACUUUAUGCAACACCGGCGCAACGAGCAGCUCAAUGCGCCGUCAUCGGAGACCGCGAAGAAGCUCGACUGGACUACCGACGGCUGCUCCGUGCCUGGCGUCCGUCAGGCGCUUGCCAAGUACCCCGGCCUGCCCAAGUUCUUUGAUUUUGCCGACCCUUGCACGCGUAACGACUUUGCCUACCGCAACUACCCCAAGUCGGCGCUGAACUCACGCAGGAAUGCAGUCGAUAAGCAGUUUUUGGAAGACAUGAAGGCCGUCUGCGCUACGAGCAUACGGAUUCUCAAGGACCCCUGCUUGGUUUUGGCAAAUAGCUACUACGCAGCCGUGAGAAUCAUUGGAGCCGAGCACUUUGGGCAGAAGACGGGGCGUGCCGAGCGCGUCCACAAGUCGUGGUGGCAGGAGCUGCAGUCAAACCAGACUCAGGAUAUACUCAACAGUAUCGAGCAGGCCGGACAGGCGCUGGAGAAGGAGAAGAGUCGGGUUAGCCAUUCGAGACGGUUACCGGCCAGAACGGGGUUCUAG